AUGCAUCAGGGGCAGUCUGCUAGGAUUGAACGAGUCCAAAGGAGAUUCUUAAAGUUCCUUAUUUGGAAGAAGACUGGACAGUACCCACCGCGUGGUGUUACUGAUCUAGCGCUCUGUACGGAAUGUAGUUAUCCAACUCUUGAGGAAAGGUGCAUCUGCAACGAAUUUGCUUUUGCCACCAAACUCUUCAAUAACCUGAUAGACUGUCCUCAGCUGCUCUUAAUGUUCAGAUUUAAAGUACCAUUUCCUGGGCUAAGAAAUCAUGCGCCAAUGCAUAUGCCUUCGGCGACGAUCAACCUGGCACAGUCGACACCAUUGUAUCGAAUGUCUAAGACCGCGAACCGCUUCUGUGCAAUGGAGGAAUCCCUUGAUCCCCUGGACUGCCCUACGGGAUAUGUGGCCGCAUCAUUAGCUAACUUAAUUGCAAAAUGGCGUUAA